AAUUAACAGUCAAGAUCAAGCAGACAUAAUGCACCAUCGUCGUCAAUGAGGUACUAUAGAUCACUGAAAACCCUAAUCAAGAACCGAAACCCUAACAACACCACCAAAUCCAAUACCUUCCUCACAUCUGCCGCAGCAUCCUCUGUAAUAAACCCACCUAGUCUUUUCACCCCUCCAUAUCACCACCACCUCCGCCAUCGCCAUCCUUCUCCUCUCUCUCCUCGCCUUUUCUCUCCUCUCUCUAAAUGGAUCGCACCACUGCAGGGGCCACUCUUUCUCUCCUCUCCUCCUUGGAAGCUCUCUCAAUCCUCUACGCCUCUGUAUUUGCAAGGGAAUUCCGUCGUUUUACGGAAAGUUGAGGCCUUGAAGUUGAAUUUGCUUCACAAACCGAUCGAGACCGUUUCUGCGAGCUCGGGAGUGAUAAAUAAGGUUGCCGAGUCGAAGGAGGACGCUGUUGAGAAUGGAUUUGUGAAGAGCUUUUGGAAUGUGCCCAAUUUGAUCUCAUUGAGUCGACUGGCUUCUGGGCCUUUGCUUGCGUGGAUGAUCACAAAUGAAAUGUAUUCCGCUGCAUUUCUGGGGUUGGCCAUCUCUGGGGCAACUGACUGGCUAGAUGGAUACGUAGCGAGGAAGAUGCAGAUUGAUUCUGUAGUUGGUUCCUACCUUGAUCCUCUUGCAGACAAGGUUCUAAUUGGAUGUGUUGCUUUGGCAAUGGUAAAAAUGGAACUUCUGCAUCCUGGAGUUGUUGCUCUAGUUGUUUUGCGAGAUGCUGCCCUUGUAGGUGGCACAUUUUACCAAAGAGCUAGCAGUUUGGGCUGGGAGUGGAAGAGUUGGUUCGAUUUCAUUGACAUUGAUGGGACAUCUCCUCAUAAGAUUAAGCCUUUAUUCAUCAGCAAGGUUAAUACCGUUAUCCAGUUGAUUUUAGUUGCUGGAGCCCUACUUCAACCUGAGUUUGGAACUGGGGAGACUCAAUCUUACAUCACAUACUUGAGCUGGCUGGUGGCUUCUACAACACUUGGUUCUACAGUAGCAUAUGGUUCACUAUACCUGAGGCAGAGGUCUGCUUUGAUUGCUAGGAAAUCCUAGUUUAAGUUUAGGUGACAGAAGCCUUUGCUCAGCUGGUUAACACUACCCGGAUCAGCCUGUUGAUGAGGAUGGGUAAAAAUGGUGGUUCGACUGAUUCUUCUAACGGAUGCGGGAACGAGUGUAAGAGAUGAGAAUAUGUUGAUCAGGAGCUUCCUCAGUUUUCUCGUAUCUUUUGAAAAACCAUUGUGCCAAACGAGCAGUGAAAUAGGUAAAUGUUUCAAACUUUGUUGGGUUAAAUGUUGCAAUUCAAUCAUACAUGUAAAUAAAUAAAGUUUUCCUUUUCAACGUAGAAUCUAAUUUUGUCACAUGGAAGUCAUUCUUGGUGCUUGAGAACCGAGCUCGAAUUUGAGGGUUCUGUAUAAUUUUGUUGUUCUACC